AUUUCGCUUCUCCUCUUAACCAAAACAACUUAGGGUUUUAGAUCCUUGGCGGCUAGGGUUUUGAUAAAGUUUGCUUCUUUAUUCUUUCAUAUAUAAAGGGUUGUGUGUGAUCAACCCAAAUUCCAAUUUGGGUUUUCUGCUUUUACCCACAAUUCUCAUCAGGGUUUGAAGUUUUCUUGUUAAAGUUUGGUUCUUUGUGACUUUUGCAGAAUUGGGUGUUGUUGAUCAGACCCUGCUUGUUGUUUUGAUCAUCCAUCUGAGGCAAGAUUUAGAGUAGUUUGUUGGAUAUGAAUUAUUCUGAUCAAACAUCGUUUAUGCCGGUCCAAUCGCUAUAUGUUGGAGGCAGUGAUGCUGUUAAUUGCUGGCCUCCUAUUGCUAUGAACAAUGAAGAUCAGCAUUCUCAGUUUGAGCAGCAAGGUCCACCCUUUAAGAGGCCUAGAAAUUCCGAGGAGCCCCAAUCGAAUCCAAUGCCAUAUCCGCCAAUGAACAAUGCUAGAUUGCCCCCAUCAAAUGCUCCGGUUAAUAGAGGAGCAAACAACAUAUUUUACAAGACUCGUCUGUGUGCAAAUUUUAAGAAUGGUUCGUGUAGGAAUGGUGAGAAUUGCAACUAUGCACAUGGCAUUGAUGACAUUCGCCAGCCGCCUCCCAAUUGGCAAGAGCUUGUUACCGUGCGUGACGAGGAUAGGCCAUUAACUGGUAAUUGGGAGGAUGAUCAGAAGAUAAUUCACAGGAUGAAGCUCUGCAAGAAGUUUAAUAAUGGGGAGGAGUGUCCUUAUGGAGACAGGUGUAACUUUCGUCAUGAAGAACCAGCAAAGUUUAGGGAGGAUUCGAGUAGGUAUAGGGAGAAUGCAGCAAUCAGCAUUGGGACAACAGGAGCACCGAUGCCACAUGCAAGUAGCACUAGUUUGGAGGAGAAUAGGCCAAACACUGGUAUAAAUACCUUCCUAGUAACUCCGAAGCCAUAUUGGAAGACUAAGAUUUGUAAUAAGUGGGAGCAAACAGGAAAGUGUCCGUUUGGCGAGAAGUGUCACUUUGCUCAUGGGCAAGAAGAGUUACAAGCGCCUGGUAUGCGGGUUGAAGCAGAACUGAUGGCAAGUGCUCCCAUUUCAACGAAACCACAAGCUGUUCCUAUUAAUGAUUCAUCUACACUUGCAAUGGCAGCAAUGCCUGCUGCUGUAAACGAAGAAGUGCAGGGUAAGAAGUGCGGAUUUAAAUGGAGAGGAUCCAUGAAGAUCAAGCAGAUCAAUCGCAUAUAUGGUGACUGGCUUGAUGAUGUCCCGCUGGUGGAGAGCUGAGUUCAAGUUCAUAUCUUAGCAUUGCUGCCAAGUUUUGAAAUAUUUGUGGUCCUGGAAGAUUUGUUUUCAUUGAGGUCAAUAGGUUUUAUGUUUCUUAUUCUGGUUCCCUAUUGUGUCAUAGUUUUGUUGCAAAACUUGCCAUUGUUUUACAACAUCAAAUAAGCGAGUUUCUUGAUUGUGGUAAAUGUGAUUGUACUGUUCCAAAUCAGCAAUAAAAUACCUAUAUUUUUACAUACAUUUUUUCAUGUUAUUCCAAAUCAGCAAUAAAAUACCUGUACCAUUGUACCAAUAC